GAAUGCGGAGCCGGGCCUCGUUCGGAUGCAGUUGAGGUCUCUCCCCGAUCUCUCCCCUCACUCUCAAUUUCUACAGCAACCCCACAUCAUCCCUACCCCAAUCCUAGCAGCACAGGCGCACCCGCUCACGCUCUGGGGGUUUGUUGAUACCCGGGAAGCUGGUGACCAAUUUGCCAUUUUAGUAACGAUUUUCCCCUUCCGCCUCCCGCUUUCCCAACGCCGAUUUUUCCACCCAGGGUUUGGUUUUUGAGGAGAUGGCAGGGUUGAGGAGCGCGAGUUGUUUAUUGUUGGGAAGUGGAGGAGGAGGAGGUGGUGGAGGUGAAACUUUGUGGAGAAGUUCGAGUGUCGGGGCUCAUGGCUAUUCUUGUGUAGUUGCAGCUGCUGAUGGAGAAUGGGGUUAAUGUGGAGCCGAGGGCAGAGGAUGAGCUCGGUAGAGGGCUGGAAGAUGUCAUUGCGACGACUGAAGAGCUGGAAAUGGAGGUGAGGGAUGACAAGAUGCAGGAAUUGCACGUUGGGGGGCUCAGCAGCCACGGCCACGCACAUUUGGAGCAUGAGGGUGAUCAUGCCGGAGAGUCUAUUCAUGAUGCGAUGAUGGUGGAGAGUAGGGGAGAUAUUGGUGUUGAGCAUAGAGAUCCUAAAGCGAUGGAAGAGGAAGAGGACCACAUGGGUCUAGACGAGGAUACGAGGAUAGGUGGAGGAGAACCAGAUAAAGGACAAGAUAAUAAAAAUUACAAGGAAGGUCCGUGGGAUGUUUUGGAGAUGCUUGUCUUGGUAUCUGGGAUGAAGGAGUACGCAGAGACUGUGGGUGACCACUCUCUGGAAGACCACGUUAAUGAACAGGAGAAAUGGCAUUCGAUAGAGAAUUACUGUUGGGGUCAACUUGUCCAACGCAGUGCAUUAGAUUGUCAUGAGAAGUGGUUGUCUCUGAGUGCGGAGUUCAAGAGGGUGAAAGACUUUGAGAGUAGCAUGGUGCAGGAUCAGAAGUCCUACUGGGAAAUGACUUAUGAUGAAAGAAACAAUUCCCAACUUCCAGGGGAUUUCUCGCAGGAGGUUUACAACAUGCUGUGGCAGUGGGAUGACAGGGAUCGAAUUGGUGAAGUAGGGACAUCUCUAAUUCUGGACGAUGAAAUUAAUGUCAAGGAACAAUCACCGUUUGGAUCAAUGGUUCGCACUCGAAAACGGACCGAUCGUGGGGAAUCUCAGAUUUCCCGAAAAGCUUCACGAGGAGAGGCGGGGAUGGAAGCGACAUUCCUUGGUUCCCAGCUAAUGAUGUUUGGUAACCAGCAAGUGGAUAUGGGUGGUGAGGGUACAGGUUCACUUGCGCUUGUCGAGCCAACUGAAGAGAUACAGGCAUCUGAGGAUGAUGAAGUUUGGAACGCUCAACUUGCCCUACUGCGUGCCAAUCAGCAGUUUUGGGCCCCGCAUGGACGAGCUUCUGCAACGUGGGCUUUUUAUGUUGUGAAUGAUAAUUCAGAGCCAGACUCCGGACGCCCUCAGCAAAUGCGUUGUGCUAUUUGCCAUCCCGCUCAACAAGAGCACAGACCAAAUAGUGCCACGCGAGUAAGGAAGGGUGUCGUAACUUACAACAAGCAGCACGGCACAACGUCUAUGAAAAAGCAUGUAGCUCAAGAGCAUGGUGACAUUUUUACCAAGUAUAAAGCAACGCGUAAGCCAAGUGUUAUGACACGGGCAGAGGGCCAACACUCGCGAAGGAUGAAGAAAGAUCCUUCGCCUUCUGUACUCUCCGAUUUUUUGGGCAAUCAUAGUUCCAGCAAGAAGUCCGACCCCGCACAAGAAAGACUUCGGGAGGAUCUGGUUCUGUAUGUGGCAAAAGGUUGCCAUCCCAUUUCUAUGAUUGAGAAUGUCUGGCUGAAAAGAUUGCUCAUGAACAGACAAUGUGGCCGCUUGAAUUUUCCCGAUGGCCGCCAAUUAGUAGAUGAAGUUGUUCCUCGUAUGGUUUCUCAAACAAUGGAGAAGCACGUCUUGCCUGCGUUACGUGGUUGUGUGAGUGCUACGGUAACUUUUGACUUGUGGAUGGUACGGAGGGGCGUCAACACUAUUGCUUUGGUGGUUCAUUUUAUCAACGAGUCAUGGGAGACCUGUCGUGUGACUAUUGGUGUGUUUGAGGCACCUGAAUCUGCCGGAGAAGAAUUGGCCUUGGAGGUAAAAGAUCUUUUCAGUUCCUUCAACUUGGCCGAAAAAAUCAUUGCAUUUGUCGUGAAUGAUGAUGAUCCAAGCCUCCGUUCUCUCGCCGAGGCACUUUCUAAGCAGGUAUCAUGUUCUCCGCUCCAGUUGCCUGAGCCUUAUGCAGGGACUUGUUUUGGACACGUUCUGUUCAAAGCAUGCGAAAAUGCAACGACUGAUGAGAAGGGAUGUGAUGAUUCGAGGGCAUUUAGCAUUGAAGCUACUGUAUCUACUCUGAAGGAGACUAUUUCUUGGACUACUAGAUCAGCAAAAACGAGGCAUCAGUGGAUGAAAGCCUGUUUUGAUGUUGGUCUUCAGCCUCGCAAGCUAAGAGCGCCCAUGAUGGGAAGGUUUGCGUCGAAGGUGAUUCUUUGUCAGGAGGCCUUGGAUUAUCAGCAUGCCUUAAGUUUGUAUUACGGUUCCCAGAGUAAUGACAUGUACAUCGAGGUUCCCAGCGUAGAGACGUGGGCUGUUGCAAAGGCUGUCACUGAUGCUCUUACUCCCGUGCUUCAACAAUGCAUAAUGAACCAGAGUAAAGCAUACUGGUUGUUAUCCGAUGCAAUUGCUACUGCGCUUAGUUUGUGCAUACAACUACACAGGGAGCGAUUGCCUAACAGAAGUUUGGCCGACCCAAAACUGGAUCCAAGCUUUGAAGCCGCGCUGGAUGUUUCACUAGAUCGCAUGAGGCAAGAGGUGAUGAAUACUCUUGCGCCUUUUCUCACUUUCACGGUUGAAUAUUCCGCCAAGCAUGCACAUAACAUGCUGGUGUUAAUGUUGGAUCCACGUUACAAAGGCCUCAGUCUGGUAAAGGACUAUGUGGGCAAGAAUUUAGCUCUGCAGGUUGUCGCUGAAGUUGAUAAGCAGGCUCUUCUUCCCUGUUUGGUUACUGUUUUCAAGCAUUUGAAUCCGUCCAGUGUGGAGAAUGUCCCAACGCUGAGCCCCACUUCUAAAGAUUCCUUUGAUGAGAAUUCCUUGUUUGGAUCAACAGCUUCAAAUGACGAGGCAAUAGUUGGCCAUUUGAAGGCAGAGCUAUCUUUUUUUAGGAGGCUUCACAUUGACCCGAAGGAAUGUGAGAAUCCAUUGGCAUGGUGGAAAGUCAGGGAGGUUCAAUUUCCAAACGUUGGUUUUCUUGCAAGACACAUUUUGGGAAUCGUAGGGUCUCAAGUGGAAACAGAAAGGAUAUUUAGUGUUGUGGGCCUAAUUUCAGCGAUACGACGCCGCCAUCUAUGUACAGACAACCUCGACAAGCUAGUGCUAAUUCGUGAAAACUGGGAAGAGGAUUCAAGAUCAGGUUCAGAAGAGCCAAGAACAGGUCGCAAAAUGGAGGCGAGAUUACAUGACUACCUCCUGGCGGAGGAAAACAUCUUAGAAGAGAAUGAAGACCUGGUUUUCGACGCAGGCUUGUUUGAUGAGUAGUCGCCUUGUUUAGCAAUGUACACUUGGUAUGAUCACCUUGAAACUUUAUUCGUGGCCAGCUGAUCCUUGUGUUUAUAUGUGUUGGACGGCAAUUGUACAUUCCCAUUUCGAUGUUUACUUAGUGAUUUUUUCGUGGGCACUUUUUCAACUUGUUUGUGCCCUAAUAUGCCCCAAGUC